GCGCUAAAUGCAUCUUACUAUCACCAACUACUCUCAAACGGCAGAUGGAGGCUAAAGUGAAGGAGGAGGUCCCAGACAAAGACUACACACAGCCAACCACCACUGAGAGGAGGAAAUCUACAACCACAAGCAAAGAGCACCGGUCUCCGGAGCAGGAGGAGACUCGCUCGUCCCCAACACCAGGACCGCCCAGCCCGCUCAACAAUGGCACUGCAGCAGCAUUGUCAUCAACGGAGUCACUCUCACCACCUCUAGCUGAGGGCUCGCGGUCCGGUCCAGCGCUGCAGCGCUUGAGGAAGUUCCUGUCAGCGCUGCAACAGUUCGCUACCGAUGUAGGAGCCGACACCGGCGAGAGAGUGCGCCUACUCAUUCACAACCUUGUUUCUGGCACGGUGAACAUCGAGGAGUUCCAGGCGGGAGUACAGGAGUGCACCAACUAUCCACUGCGGGCAUCCGUGCCGGGGUUCCUCAGGGCACUGUUGCCGCUCGCACAAAGGGACUUGCAUGCGAGGGCAAGGAGGGCCAAACAGACGCCACUACAGUACAUCAGAUCACACGAGCAUCUGAUCUUGGAGUCAGGAGGCGACAGCAGCGACAUCUUUGCUCAGCAUCCACCAGGCACUGCCGCGGAGACAGGCGUCAAACGACGAGCCAGUGACCCAUUCUACGACGCUCCCCAAACAAACGGUGCACACGAGGAGUACCCGCCGCAGGCCAAGCGCACGGCCUCCAGUCUGUUCCUGAACCCAUCACCGUUCCUCUACCCGUUGCCUAGCAACGCCAGCCUCUUCGACUAUGGACAUCCUUACCAUGCGUACCAUGGAAACCAGGAAGGUGGAUAUGAGAGGAGAGAUGGUGGUAUAACAGUCCGCGACGUAUCCUCAAUGAACGCACCAUUCGCGGAGCCCCGCGGGCUGGGCGCUGCGCCCUCAGGCCUCUUGAAGACGGACGACGAGUGGAAGAACAUCAAUACCAUGCUGAAUUGCAUCCUCAGCAUGGUGGAGAAGACCAAGAGAGCACUCGCUAUACUGCAGCAGAGAGGUGUGGAGCCAACAGAAAGCAAUGAUAUAAAGCGUGCAGCCAGCGAGAUCAUGGCGACUGCAGUCAGGCAGACUGAGGAGAGGGUGGCAGAGGUACGGAGACGAGCAGAGGAUGCUGUCAACCAGGUGAAACGCCAAGCGCUUCUGGAAUUGCAGCGUGCAGUGGGUGCAGCGGAGACGAAGGCUCUGGAACUGGUCGCAGCCGAGCGCGGCAAGGUGGAGCGACUAGGGGAGCGGCGACAUUCUCCGCCGCCUGGCAGGGAACUCAGCCCUAAUGCUAGCUCGCAGCAAAAUUGUUGCUGGAACUGCGGUCGCAAGGCUCAGGAGACAUGCUCCGGCUGCAACGCGGCGCGAUAUUGUGGUGCCUUCUGUCAGCACAAGGACUGGGAGAAUCAUCAUCAGGUGUGCAGCGGCCGCGACCAAAAACCGACCGGAUUACGAACGUCACCACCGACGACGCAGCCAUCGCUUCCCAAGCCACUGACUCGCGCGUCCACCCCCAUAGCAGCGCCCCCCAGCGCGGCCGCGGGGCUGGCGGCGGGCGCGGCGCUGCAGGCGGGCGGGGGGCUGCAGGCGGGCGGGGCGCUGGCGGAGGGCGGGCGCCUGCCGCUGACGUCGCUGGGCGCCGACCGCCUGCUGGCCACGCAGGAGCGGACAGACAGACUCACUCUCGCAUCUCUCUCGUCAGCGCAAGGACUCAUCGGGAUUGGAAAGAAAUGA